AUGGUGCAUCCCAAGGUAAUCCAGGUCUGUCAGGGGGGAGUUGUGUUGAGAAAUCAGUGGGGACAAUUGCUUAUGGAAGCUUCUAUUUUUAUGGAGUUUGUACAAACAUGGAGGCAGAGUAGGGGUUUACUGGAUGGUUUAAAAUUGGUUGAUAAAUAUGGGCUGAGAGAUUAUAAGAUUCUAGUUGAUAUGAUUAUGGGCGUAUCUUCAUGGACUUUUUGGGAUUUCAAAUAUCAUAUUUCACGGUUUUUGGAAAGGUUUGAUUUUGAAAUGAGGCAGGCAGAUUUAUUGGGCAAUAAAGUAGUCAAGGAUAGAUGUUUCACAGAGGUAUCUUCAGCUGGUCAGCUUCCCACACAGGCACGCCUCCUGUUGCUGCAAGAUCUACUGGAAAUCAAAGCCUUGAGGAGGAAAAAUAUCUCAGAAUACUUAGGGAUGGAAACUAUGUUGGCAGUUGUCUGCAAGACCUACAGUGGUGUUAAAGCACUGGAAACAUAUGAGAAAGAUGGGUCUAUAGUUACUGGUCUUGGCCUUCAUGGACUUGGAGCUUCAAUUGGGAGGCCAUUGGGUG